AUGUCGGUUUUAAGAACUUGUAAUAUUAAAAGUAUUGUUCCUGUGUUAUACAAUAGAUGUUAUAAUGCUCAACAAUCAAUAGCUGAAGUAGAAUGGAAUAAAGCAAAGGCUUAUAAAGAAAUUCCGGGACCUAGAAACUCAUUUCAACUUAUGAAACUAAUGGGAAUGCCUAGUUCAAAGUACUAUAAUAAGCCUCUGAAUGAAAUGCUUCAAAUGUUUAGGAAAGACUACGGAAAUAUUUGUUACUUUCCUGGAUUUAUGGGAGCGAAGCCACUUGUGAUGACUUACUUACCAGACGAUGCAGAGAAAAUAUUUAGGAAUGAAGGUCGAUAUCCAAACAGACGAAAUCUUGAGUCAUUCGCAUAUUACAGGAAAGAGCAUCGACCUGAUUUAUUUAAAACAAGCGCUGGACUAGCCGUUGAGCAAGACCAUCCAUGGCACGAGUUUCGCACAAAAGUUAAUCAAAUUAUGAUGCAGCCUAGAAAUGUCAAGAUGUACAUUCCCGUUAUUGACGAUGUUGCAUCGGAUUUUAUUAAAAAGAUCCGUUCCAUUAGAAAUGACAACUUGUUAGUUCCAGACAACUUCCUUGAAAACAUGAAUGAAUGGGCACUCGAAAGUAUAGCACUGAUAGCACUUGACACAAGACUGAACCUUUUUACUGGACAAAAUCCAGAGUCAAAGCAGUUGUAUGAGCUUGUCAAAGAAGCUUUCGCAAUAUCUUUUGAAUUUGACAUAAAACCAUCCAUUUGGCGAUACUACAAGACUCCUGCAUUCAAAAAAGCUAUGAAAAGUAUCGACAAAAUAAAUGAAAUUAUUUUCGGUCAUGUUGGAAAAGCUCUAGAUAAGUACGAGAAGAACCCAUCAACAACUGAACAUCAAAGUAUUUUAGAGAAGCUUUUAAAGAUUGACAGAAAUGUGGCAGAAGUUAUGGCUGUUGAUAUGUUGGGUGCUGGAAUUGAUACUACAUCAUCAAGUGCCGCAGCUGCUUUAUAUUGCCUGGCCACAAAUCCUGAUAAGCAGGAAAUUCUCCGAGAUGAAAUUAAGAAGGUUCUACCCUCAAAAGAUGUAAGAAUGAAUGAAAAGUCUUUGGAUAGUAUUCCAUACAUGCGUGCUGUGGUCAAAGAAGCUCUUCGAAUGUUUCCAAUCUUCAACGGCAAUGCAAGAGCUUUAGAUCAUGAAAUUGUACUUCAGGGCUAUCAAAUCCCUAAAGGAGUCGAUAUAAUGAUGGUUCACACAUCAAACACAGACUUUGAGGAAGCCAACAAGUUCAUUCCAGAACGAUGGUUAAAGAAUACAACCGGAAAAUGUCCUCAUGCUAAAGACGUCAAUCCAUUUGCACAUUUACCUUUUGGAAACGGACCACGUAUGUGCAUUGGACGUAGAAUGGCUGAAAUGGAAAUUGAAAUUUUAUUGACCAGACUUCUUAGUGAGUUUAAAUUAGAAUGGCAAGGAGGAGAUAUCAAAUGGAGCAGUACAACAAUCAAUAUUCCGUCAUCUCCAAUGCGGUUUAAGAUGAUUGAUUUAUGA